CGGUAACGGGCAGGAGGAUUGAAGGGGAUUUGGGGAUUAGAUGCUGACUGCAGCGGAUCCAGUUGGACUUACUCCUCUUUAUCGGGACCAAAGUGACUCCGUGAGGCGAAGCUGCAGCGGCUCCACCGAAGAAACGCCGCGAAAAGAAGCAAACGGGCGGAGGACGAAGACGAAGCGACACGGUUGCCUUGACAACGGCCUCUUCCUGUGACGACCCUGUGUGAAUAAAGCUUCGCCUGCCCCUUCUGCUGUGAUGUCCUCCGCUGAGUCGAGUGGUGAUGGAGGGAAGUGGCUGGACGCUCACUACGACCCGGUGGCUGGCAUCUACACCUUCUCGUCCUGCGUGGACCUGGCAGACCUGAGCGGGGACGGGGAGAACCGGCUGGUGGUCGGGGAUCUGGGCUCCGGGUCGUCGGGGAUGAAGCUGAAGGUGUACCGCGGCACGGCGCUGAUGAGCGAGAGCACCCUGCUUGACCUGCCCGCUGGCCUCGUCGCCUUCUUCAUGGACCUGCACGAGCCCCGCAUCCCCGCUGUCGCUGUGGCCUCCGGACCCUGCAUCUACGUCUACAAGAACCUGCGGCCAUAUUUCAAGUUCACCUUGCCUGGCCUGGAGAUCAACACACUGGAGCAGGAUGUGUGGCAGCAGGUGAAGGAGGGGCAGAUCAACCCUCUGACCCUGAAGGAGAUGUUGGAGAGCAUCAGGAAGAAGGCCGAUGUGCCGCUGUCGGUCCGCUCGCUCAGCUUCCUGUCUCUGGAGCCCCACGAGAUGGACGAGUUUGUUGAACUGCUCAAACACCAGCCGAUCAAGCGCCAGACGGUCAUCACCUGCAUCGGGACUCUGAAGAAGAACAUGGCAGAUGAGGACGGCGUGAGCUGCCUGGUGAUCGGGACGGAGAGCGGCGAGGUCUUCGUUCUCGACCCCGAAGCUUUCAUCAUCCUCUCCAAGAUGACGCUGCCCGCCGUCCCCACCAUCAUGGAUGUGACGGGUCAAUUCGAUGUGGAGUUUCGCAUCACGGCGGUGUGUCGCAACGGCAACAUCUACAUCCUGCGCAGGGAGUCGGACAAACCCAAGUACUGCAUCGAGCUGUCGUCUCACGCCGUCGGCCUGGUGAGAGUCGGGAAGAACGUGGUGGUCGGCUGCACUGACGAGACCCUGCAGGGCUUCACACAGAAGGGGAAGAAGCUUUGGAAGACCGUGCUCGCCGCGCCCAUCGUCACCAUGGCCUCCAUGGACCUCCCUACCAGGGGCUUCCAGGCGGUUCUGGUGGGUUUGGCCAACUGUGAGGUGCAGCUGUACCGGGACAAGAACCUGCUGAGCACCAUCAAGACCCCCGACGUGGUCACCAGCAUCUGCUUCGGCCGCUACGGCCGCGAGGACGGGACCCUCAUCAUGACCACCAAGGGUGGCGGUCUGAUGGUGAAGAUCCUGAAGAGGACAGCGUCGUUCGAUGACAGAGACAGCGCCCCCGGCCCGCCACUGGCCCAAAGCAUUCGCCUCAACGUGCCCAAGAAGACGAAGCUGUACGUGGACCAGACGCUGAGAGAGCGGGAGAGCGGCCUGGCCAUGCACCGCGCUUUCCAGAUGGACCUGAGCCGCCUGCGGCUGGCCGCCGCCAAAGCCUACGUCAAAGCGCUGGAGUCCAGCCUGACGCCGAUGUCCGCCAGCCUCGCUGAGCCGCUGAAGAUGAACGCCGUGGUGCAGGGUCUGGGCCCGUCCUUCAAACUGACCCUGAAUGUCCAGAACACGGCGGCGUGCCGGCCCGUCACGAACCUCGCCAUCAGCUUCCUGUACGACGAGAGCCUGUACCGGAUGAGGAACCCCUACAUGAGGAUCCCACUGCUCGUGCCCGGGCUCAUCUACCCCGUGGAGACCUUCGUCGAGUGCACCAGCGACAAGGGCAUCUCUGACGUCAUCAAGGUGUUCGUCCUGCACGAGGGGAGGAGCUCGCCGCUGCUCACCGCCCACAUCAACAUGCCCGUGAGCGAGGGGCUGACGCUCAACUGACCGCACGACAGCACUCGUCAUCCAGGCUGGACGUGCAGAUGUGAGGUCGUCGCUACGUUUCCCAGUUUUUCAUUCUUCGUUUGUUUUCAUCGUUUUGUCCAGAAAGACUUUCACACGUUUACGCUAAUGACGCAAAUUUAUGAGAUUCAGAAACGCCAACCUUUGUCACGUGACCACGAAACUCGUCAGCCCGUCUCUGCCC